AUGCACUGUUUGAUUGUGCAGUACCCGGGCCGCCGCUCUGCUUCUUUCUGCGCCUGCCUCCGUAUCGCGAUUGGCGUGGCCCUAGCGCCUGUGCAGCUGACAGCACCGAACGCGCCGCCUCCUCCCUCUGCCGGGGUCUCGGCCCCUCCUCCGCCUCUACACCUGGUUGCCUAUCCCCUCGCCUCGCUUCUCCCAGGCGCCACCGUUGCGUGCCCGCUCAGCUGCGCCGCCCACCAGGCAAGGCUUGCGCGCACUCCUGAUAUUCUCCUCCAGGCCCCACAGUGCUGCGUGCUGACGCGCGCCCAGGGGGCCACAGACGAUGGCGGCUAG